CCAUGCGCUGCUUCAUCAGCCUCGUUCUUGGCCUGCUGGCCCUGGAGGUAGCCCUUGCCCGGAACCUACAGGAACAAGUCUUCAACUCAGUUCAGUCCAUGUGCCCUGAUGACAGCUCCAGUGAGGACACAGAAUGUAUCAACUGUCAAACCAACGAGGAGUGUGCCCAGAAUGACUUGUGUUGUCCCAGUUCCUGUGGUAGGCCCUGCAAAACUCCUGUCAACAUUGAGGUUCCAAAGGCUGGCCGCUGCCCCUGGAAUCCAAUCCAGAUGAUCGCUGCUGGACCAUGCCCAAAGGGCAACCCAUGCGCCAUCGACAGUGAUUGUUCUGGCACCAUGAAAUGCUGCAACAAUGGCUGUAUCAUGAGUUGUAUGGACCCAGAACCAGAAUCUCCUACAGUGAUAUCCUUUCAGUGAGCAGCCUGCCCUGGGAUCCCUGCCUGUCAGGAGUGACCAGCCCAAGCCUAUACAGCAAGAACCUUCACUCUUGGAUCCAGAGAGAACAUAAUGCUUUCUAACUGCUGCUAAUAAAAAUCCAUUUGGCUUUA